AUGACGAGACCGCGUCGCUCCAGCGCCGCGAGCGAGGAGAGCAACGGUACCGCUGGCGAGCAGGAGCUGGGUAGUAUGUACGACUACUUGGCCAAGAUUGUUCUGCUGGGACCGAGCGGGACGGGCAAGUCUUGUCUGCUUCACCGUUUUGUCAAGAGCGAAUGGAGAGUAUUGUCGUCCCAAACAAUCGGCGUCGAGUUUGCGAGUAAAAUCAUCAAGGUCGGCACCGGAUCCCGGCGGAAACGGAUCAAGCUGCAGCUUUGGGAUACCGCCGGCACCGAACGAUUCCGUUCCGUUUCUCGAUCCUAUUACCGCGGCGCCGCCGGCGCCAUUCUCGUCUACGACGUCACAAACCACAGCAGUUUCCGCGGACUGCAGCCAUUCCUCAACGAUGCCCGCGCCCUGGCGUCGCCGAACCUGUCUUGUCUCCUGGUAGGAAACAAGCUCGACCUCGCAUCCGAACCCCUUAUCGACACGAGCCUACCCCCGCCAACACCGAGCAGCCUCGGCUCCAUGUCGUAUUUUGCAAACGGCUCCGCGGGGUCGGGCGGCAGCAGUAUUCCGUCGCUCGGCACGCAACAAAAGGCCACCGAGGCACCGGAAGGGCGCGAGGUCAGCAACGCCGACGCGAACAGAUGGGCGGGCACGGUGGGGAUCCCCGUUGUGAUGGAGGCGAGCGCCUUCAACGGCGAGAACGUCGACGAGAUUUUUGCGAGGCUCGCUAGGAUGAUUCUGACCAAGAUCGAGCUGGGCGACAUCGAUCCGGACGACCCGAUGAGCGGCAUUCAGUACGGCGACGGCUACGGCGGAGGGUGGAAUGCGGGCGCCAGCGACGGCGCAAGCAUCAAGAGUUCCAUGACGGGCGCGACUCUGGACGAGGCGGGCGGCGUGCGCAGGCGAAAGGGCAAGCGAAACACGCGUAGCGGCGCCAACUGGGGUUUACGUGACUGGGAGGAGGUGUUUACGUUGACGAACCGACGCAGAGGCGGCAACUGCUGUUAG